AUGCCGAAGCAAAUUAGCGAAAUCAAGGACUUCUUGCACACCGCCCGACGCAAAGACGCGCGAUCGGUGAAGAUCAAGAAGACUGCGGGCGUGACCAAGUUCAAGGUUCGAUGCUCGAAGUACUUGUACACCUUGUGCGUCGACAACGCGGACAAGGCGGCCAAGCUGAAGCAAUCGCUUCCGCCGGGUUUGCAAGUGAUCGAUGUUUAA